AUGGUUAGUGCUCCAGCUCCUCCUCCUCCUCCUCCUCCUCCGCCAACAAUGGGUGGUGGCAACGCUCCAAAGCCAGCAAACUCUGUCAUGCAGGGCCGUGAUGCCCUUUUAGGUGACAUUAGAAAAGGAAUGAGACUGAAAAAAGCAGAGACUAAUGAUAGAAGUGCUCCAACUGUUGGAGGUGGUGUCGUCUCAUCAACAUCUGGGAGCUCUGGUGCCCUCAACAACAAUAGACCCUCCAUGUCGGCCCCUCCUAUCCCUGGGAUGGGGCCCCCACAGUUAAGUGGUAUUUUGGCUGGUGGAAUACCUAAGCUGAAACAUGUCAACCACAACGCAAACAUCAGUUCUACUCCGUCAUUACACGCACCACCAAUCCCAGGCGCGGCCCCGUCUGUUGCAGCCCCUCCUAUACCGAAGGGACCAUUGUCAUCGGCUCCUCCUAUUCCCAACGUACCUUCGUCUUCUGCGCCUCCUAUCCCUAGUGUUCCACUCUCUGCGGCUCCUCCUGUUCCUAACUCCCCAUCCUCGACACCUUCACUUUCAACUUCUACCGCUUCUACUUUAAAAGUGCCGCAGAAUCCACCACAAAUGCCUACAGUAAGACCAGUAAGGAGAAGUCAUCAAAGGAAAACCUCCAAUAUAUCUCCUCCCAUGGGAGCGGCUCCUCCGCUGCCAUCGGUCGCUUUAUCGUCAUCUGCCAAAAUCCCAGUACAGGCUCCACCUCCUCCACCCCCUCCACCAAUGAUGUCAGCUCCGGUACCUAGCUCAGAUAUCGAAAAACCUAAACCACCUAUGGGCAACGCAUCUGUAUCGUCACCACCUUCAAGUGGGCUACCCUUUUUGGCGGAAAUAAAUGCAAGGCGAUCUGAGCAAGGGACAGUUACUGGUACUUCGACGACAGGAGAUCGAUCUGAAAAGAUUAAGGCAGCUUCACGUGCACCAAUUCCACCACCUGCACCACCUGUUCCUACUUUGCAUGCCCCUCCAUUACCACCAACUGCACCACCGCCACCAUCGCUACCGAAUGUGACAUCUGUAUCAUCUGACAAAGCAGCAUCAGCGCCUGUUCCUCCUCCACCACCUCCACCACCUCCUCUUUCUUCGCCUUCUAUAGCCUCUCCAUCACCACCACCACCACCACCUCCUUUUCUUACUGCUGCCGUACCUACACCACCACCGCCUCCUCCUCCCCCUCCAGUAGUGAUAGCAAGUAAGCCGCCGGCUCCAAAUAAGCAGUCCAAAAACCCUGCUACUGCAUCUUCCUCGGCCAUAACACCAGGGGGGGCUUUGCCUUUCCUUGCUGAGAUCCAAAAUAAGAGAGAUGACAGGUUUGUUAUCGGCGGUAAUAGCGAAUACACCACUCAAGAUAAACAAGGGGAUGUGGUAAAUUCAUCUCCGACUAAUAACAUUAACACUUCUUCUAAUGCACCUUCUGUUCCUUCGCCAAAGCAGGCCAGCCAAACAGGCAUGUCAUUUUUGGAUGAAAUUGAGUCCAAAUUGCACAAGCAGACAUCUUCUAGUGCCUCUAAAACGCCACAUGCCCCACCUUUUGCUAUGGCACCUCCCUUGCCUACUAGUGGCCCUCCUCCUCCUGCAGUUCCACCUUCAAUUAAGACCCUCUCUGGUAGUUACCACAGCCACAAUGAAGAUUUAAGUGCGUCGAGUAUGAAUACAGCAAAGGCACCACCACUGCCAGCGCAAGCUCCACCUCCACCAGCCCCACCAAUGAUGCCACAUAAUAAUAAGAAUAUUGCGCCGGCUGCAUCUUUAUUACAUGAUAUGCUUCCCUCUCAAAAUUCUGAAAAGCCUGCCCCUCCGAUUGCAGCUGCUCCACCCCUACCCACUCUCAAUGCGCCAAGCCUCCCUCAACAGCCGAUUCCUCCACCAAUAUCGUCAACUCCCCUAAGUGCGACCACAUUUCCUGGUCGUACGGAAACUAGACCAACUGUGAGUAGUUCUUUAAAAUCUCCACCGCCUCCGCCAAAUUUGGAGGCAAGCGCAUCGACCAAAGACGGAGCCUCUUCUAAUAGUGACAGCAAAAAUCUCAAGCAAAGACUAUUUUCUACAGGAGAAUCUACGCUGCAUCACAAGCAUAAUACUCAUACAAAUCAACCAGACGUUGAUGUCGGACAAUACACCAUAAAUGGAUCAAAUUCUAACGGGGCACAAUCAGGACAUGAAAAGAUAGUUAUAGAUGAUUCAAGAUUCAAAUGGACUAAUGCCUCACAAAUGCCUAGACCACGUCCAUUCCAAGCCAAAACAAAAUUGUAUCCUAGUGGUAAAGGUAGCAGCGUGCCGUUAGAUUUAACAUUAUUUACGUAA